AUGGGUCAUCAAAGUUGUUGUGUAGUCGAUUGCAAAAAUACUAGUAGAAAUAGUAAUUGUAAAUUUUAUAAGUUUCCGGUUGGCAAGUGGAAAUUAAAUCAGCGAAAAAAAUGGAUAACUGCUGUUAAAAGGCAAAAUAUUGAUGGAUUGUUAUGGUCUCCAAAACCUAUGAUGGAUGUUAUAUGCAGUGAACACUUCAUUGGCGGUGAAAAAUCAGAUGUUGAAUCAAGUCCCAAUUACGCUCCAAUUUCCAUCAAUACUGAAUUUAAUAUUGAAAUUCUUGCUAAUGUUGAUCAUCGGGUUUAUUGUUACUCACAUUAUAAAAAAGAUUUUACUGCGAAGGUUCUCAUAGGUAUUACUCCAGCAGGAUUUAUUUGCUUGAAAUCAAAAGUAGCUGGUCGUCGUAAAUCUGACUCUCAAAUGACAAUUGAAUCAGGUUUAUUAGACCUUCUAGAAGAUGGUGACAUUGUUUUGGCUGAUAAAGGUUUUCCGGAAAUUAAAACAGUUAUCGAUGCAAGUGGAAAAAAAUUAAAAAUGGUUAUGCCACCCUUUUUAGAGAAAAAAUCUGAAUUUACAAUACAAGAGACUCAAGAAACUUACAGCAUAGCAAAAGUAAGAAUUCAUGUUGAACGGAUAAUGCAACGAUUAAGACUUUAUCAAGUAUUAAAUAAAUUUCCUGAAAAUGUAUUUCAUUGUGUAGAUGACAUCAUACAUAUAUGCUGUGUUUUGCUAUUGGACAUCCAAUAG